AUGGCUGCCAAAAUCACCGCAUGCUUUACUUUCCUGAAGGAAGCUCUGAUCCUCCCCACGCUAAACCCCAAGCUCUUCGCGCCCGUGCUCGUCCUCUUUGCCGUCACCGCCUUCCUUGACCCCUUGGUCCAUGUCGUGUUCGUCCACCCUCUCGCCGAUGGCAUGGCCAGCCGUCUCAGCGAGAUCAACAGCACGGACCCCUCGAGCGCCGAGUACGCCAAGCUCAUCGAGAAGCUCACGGAGACGGAGGAGAUGAAGCAGGUUGGUAAGAGGAUGGUCCGCAUCACCAUCGCCAAGUUUACCGUCGGUCCGGCGCUCGGCCUCGUCAAGCAGAUCCUCGCCCUCUUCGCGGCCUCCACGACCUACUCCGGCGACCGCUACUCCCUGGCGGGCCUCCUGCGCGAGCUGGUCACCGGGAGGAUCAGCCUGAAGGGCCCUUCCAUUACCAUCGCCGUCGUCGGCGCGCUUGACUUCACAGGGGCAGUCCUGGCCGCGCUGAUGGGCAGCCGUUCGGGGGUGCUCUCCGUCCAGGGUCUGGUCUCCCUCAUCGCGCACCUUGCCUCCCUCUGCCUCACCGUCAUCGCGCUGGUGGGCGUCGCAGCAUCGGUGGCAGACAGCAGGAAGUGCCGCGGCGUGCGCGCGCUCCGGCAGGCGUGGCGGCUCGUGACGCGGGUGAGGCGGAAGGAGGGCCUCGUGCUGGUGCUCGUGGCAUAUCUCGGGCCUACCGUUGUGGCUCCGUUACACAGGUUCGCUCUUGGGUAUGCCAAGAGGAGCAUGGCGGCGUGCUUGUGCUUGAUGGCCGUGUAUGCUCUUCUGUCUGGCGCGCAGCAGCUAUUCUCCUUGGCGGCAGCCACGGUGUACUACUACCAAGCCAUGGAGAGCAAGGAGGUGAUCGAUGACUUGUGGUUAUGCUAA